GGCAGAUUUAUUAUAAAUUGGGCUGUGGAUCAACGAAUAUAAAUCAAUCAUUGAUUCAUUUUAAAAUUUAACGUCGAAACUAUUGUUGAUUUCUUAUAAUAUUCAAAUCAGUUUAGUUAAAUUAAUUGCAUCAUUGUAAACUAUUGGAAUGUAUAGUCGAAAGUUAUUUUAUUGUUAUAGUGGAGUGUACAUGAUCCAUUUUAUUUUCUAUGCUAUUUUCAUGAGUGUCAUUUUAACAACUGGAAAUGCAAAUGAUUCGUUUACUAGUUCUGCAUCUGAGUCAACUGAUAACCUUAGCGAUACAACGUUAUCAUCCACAACUUGGACACAAACGGAUCCUUCGGCUAUGACAUUAAGUACAGAGACUGCUGAUGUUGCUUCAGUAGCAAGUACUGAUAUUGAUGUUACUGGCAAAACUAGCACCACUACUCCAGUGGGAUCUGAAGGGACUAGUGACACUUCAUCAAGUACUGACAAUGUUUCAUCUGAGUCCUCUGAUACAGAGUUGAAUGUUACACGACAAAGUAACAAAUCUGUGAUUGCCAAUGUGGUUGGAGAGGAGUCUUUGGAUGUGAGAACAACGGAGUCAGAGUCCUCGGUGAGUCUAAAGACUACUCUUCAAGAAAGUGAGACAAGUACCACGGAAAUUGUGUCUUCGAGCAUGGAAAGUGAACAGGGAAAAUACCGAACUACAGAUAAUCCUAAGAUAGUUACAAGUACGCCUGGAAUAAUGAAUGGUGUAUCAUCAUUGAAAGUUGCUCACAUUUUACAGUUGUUAAUUCUAUUUACAUUACAUAUAGUUUAUUGAUAGUAAUGGAAUGGUGGACUAUUUGAUUAGCAUUUAAAAUAAUUCGUACGUAUCCUAGUUUCUGUAUAACAAAGAAUUCGUCAAACUAUAAAAGACAUGCAAUUAAUAUUAUUAUUAUUAACAUUACUGUUGCCAUUAUUAUUAUUAUUAUUAUUAUUAUUAUUAUUAUUAUUAUUAUUAUUAUUAUUAUUAUUAUUCAUUUCAUAUUCUGUUUAAUCCACAACAUUGAAAGAAAAAAAAACAUUCUCGUUUUGUUUUGUUCUUUUUCUCGUUCGAACAUUUUUUUUAAAGGUUGUUGCAUAUUAAUAGUUCGUAAUUGUGGAUUCAAAUAUUUCCCCCCUAUUGUUUGUUUAUUCUAUAGUUCCGUUAAUUUACUGAACUUAUUUAUUUUACCGAAAAAAAAGUGUAUGGAUAUAAGUUUGGUCCUGUCAUUAUUGAAUAAUUAUAUAUUUCAUUAUUAUUAUUAAAACAAUUGUGAUUUCUUUAAA